CGCGAAGGCCGAGCAGCGGCGGAGGCAGGGCGCGGGGAGAGCGGCCGCAGCUGGACCAGCCGGGCCGGCCGGACGUGCUGUUGGCUGCAAGAAUACAGGGCAGGUUAUCUCCAAGAACACAGAAAAAACAGCAAAGUGGAGUCAAGUACAUGCAGCAGCUUCAUGGGCUUGAAAGAUCACUUGGGGCAUGACCUAGGCCACCUUUACGUGGAGAGCACUGACACACACAUAAGUGCUGUUGUACCUUGGUCCAUGGUGGAGAAACCAACAAUGGAUAAAGUUAACUCUAGGAAGGAAGAUGCAGAAAAGGUGGUGUCUGAAGAUACCGGAAGCUCCAGUUGUGACUCAGAAGAAAACACAAAUUCUGAUAAUGAUUCAGAACAGUUGGGUAGCAUUGCAGUAGAGCCGUGCUUGUUAACCAAGACUCAUAGACAGCUAUGUAGGUCUCCCUGUUUAGAGCCUCACAUCUUCAAAUGCAAUGAAAUCUUACAAGAACUAAAAGCAGAGGAGACACAGACAAUGCCUAAGGAAGCGAAGAAGCCCCCUGAUGUGGUGAAAGAAUACCAAGCCAAACUGGAGUUUGCACUUAAGUUAGGUUAUUCUGAAGAGCAGGUUCAGCUCGUGCUAAACAAACUUGGUACUGAUGCUUUAAUCAAUGAUAUCUUAGGAGAACUGGUCAAACUCGGAAACAAAAGUGAAACUGAUCCAACUGUUAGUACAGUUAACAGUAGCACAAUUAGAGAAACAUCUUCCCUAGAAUCCCAGAGAUCGGACUCCCCACUUCAGGAGAUGGUGCCAGACGACGGUGAGAAUCUGAGACCGGUAGUUAUUGAUGGCAGCAAUGUGGCAAUGAGCCAUGGGAACAAAGAAGUAUUUUCCUGCCGUGGAAUAAAAUUGGCUGUUGAUUGGUUUUUGGAAAGAGGCCACAAAGAUAUUACAGUGUUUGUUCCUGCCUGGAGAAAAGAGCAGUCAAGACCUGAUGCUCUCAUCACAGAUCAAGAAAUUUUGCGCAAGUUGGAGAAGGAGAAAAUUCUGGUGUUCACUCCAUCCCGACGUGUUCAGGGAAGAAGAGUAGUAUGUUAUGAUGACAGAUUCAUUGUAAAAUUGGCUUUUGAGAGUGAUGGUAUCAUUGUGUCCAAUGAUAACUACAGGGAUCUGGCUAAUGAAAAGCCAGAAUGGAAGAAGUUUAUAGAUGAGCGAUUGCUGAUGUAUUCCUUUGUUAAUGACAAGUUCAUGCCCCCUGAUGAUCCUCUUGGCCGGCAUGGCCCAAGCUUGGACAACUUUCUAAGGAAAAAGCCUAUUGUUCCAGAACAUAAGAAACAGCCAUGUCCCUAUGGAAAGAAAUGCACCUAUGGACACAAGUGCAAAUACUACCAUCCUGAAAGGGGAAGUCAGCCACAGAGAUCAGUAGCUGAUGAACUUCGUGCCAUGUCUAGAAAUACAGCAGCUAAAACUGCAAAUGAAGGAGGAUUAGUGAAAAGCAACAGUGUUCCUUGUAGCACUAAAACUGAUAGCACUUCUGAUGUCAAGCGUGCUACUCCAAAGAGGCAAUCAGAUCCUAGCAUAAGAACUCAAGUCUACCAAGACUUAGAGGAAAAGCUUCCCACCAAAAACAAAUUGGAAACCAGGUCUGUUCCUUCUUUAGUUAGUAUACCAUCUUCCUCUGCUGCAAAACCCCAAAGUACUACACCUUUAAGCAAUGGCCUUCCGUCUGGAGUUCAUUUCCCACCUCAGGAUCAAAGACCCCAGGGUCAGUAUCCUCCAAUGAUGAUGGCAACCAAAAAUCAUGGAACGCCAAUGCCUUAUGAACAGUAUCCAAAAUGUGAUUCACCUGUUGACAUUGGAUAUUAUUCCAUGUUGAAUGCAUACUCAAAUCUUAGUGUCUCUGGCCCCAGGAGUCCUGAAAGGCGUUUCUCUUUAGACACCGAUUACAGAAUCAGUUCUGUAGCCUCUGACUGCAGUAGUGAAGGGAGCAUGAGUUGUGGGAGCAGUGAUUCCUAUGUGGGGUACAAUGACAGAUCAUAUGUUAGUUCUCCUGACCCACAACUGGACGAGAACUUAAAGUGUCAACACAUGCACCCACACAGCCGCCUUAAUUCCCAGCCCUUUCUACAAAGUUUCCAUGAUCCCUUAAGUAGAGUGCAAAGUUACAGUCAUGAAGAACCAAAGCAUCAUCCUAAGCCUCCAAUUCCAUACAUGGCUGUGCAUUUGCAGCAUCCAGCUGUGGGGGCUCGGUCCAGUUGCCCUGGCGAUUAUCCCUCUCCUCAGAAUUCAGCACACUCUAAGACACUACACCUGGGGAGAUCUUUAGUGUCCACAAGGAUAGACAGCAUUUCAGAUUCUCGGCUCUAUGAAAAUUCUCCUUCUAGACAAAGAAAGCCUUAUUCCCGCCAAGAGGGGCUGGGAAGCUGGGAGAGGCAGAAUUAUGGCAUUGAUGCAUAUGGCUACCGGCAGACAUACUCGUUGCCUGAUAACGCCACCCAGCCGUGCUAUGAGCCAUUUACUUUCCAAAGCUUACCUGAGCAGCAGGACCAGACAUGGCGGGUACCUUUCUGUGGCCUGCCACAAGAUGCUCCGAGAUACCAGGACAGCCGAGAAAAGGUGUACAUCAACCUGUGCAACAUUUUCCCAUCUGACCUUGUGAGAGUUGUCAUGAAAAGAAACCCACACAUGACUGAUGCUCAGCAACUUGCUGCAGCUAUUUUAGUGGAGAAAUCACAGCUGGGUUAUUGAGCAAUGACGCAUCUUCGUGGUGUUCAGUCAUUGUUUGUUCAGCUCAGAUGCUGAGGGAGGUUUGCUACAGUAGCAUUUGUGAUCUCCUUCUCAGCAAGGAGGUUCUCUAGUAAUCCCUUUAUGUGAAAUCCUGUAUCAUGGUAUCUGUAUGUAUAGCCCCAUGCGUUGGAAGUAUCACGGGAUUCUUUUACCUUCAAACUUGACUUUUUUUUUA